GGCAAUUUGGCUUCAUCUCAUUUCGCUUCGAUUACCCUACACAAGUGAGCUAAAACUAGGUAUGAAUUAUUGGCAUCUACACCCGUUGUAGUGCACUUGAUGUCCAACAGGGACACGUUUGUAGCUCAGCCUGAGCAUCUCCGCGAUACAAGGUUGGAUCCCGAAUAGUCUUGUACUUCAUGUAAACGUGCACUACAAAGGGUAGGAAAAUACACAGCGUCUGCGCGCGAGGAAGUGCCGUGUGUAUUUAUUUGGAACGCGCCCUGAGAUUCAGGACCGCGGUCAGCGCCCAUAGCCGCUUUUUUUUCUCGGUAAGUGGCCAUCGCAGGUUGCCAUCGCCAAAGAGCAUCUGGAAAAGCAGAGAGAAAGAGCGAGACAGCGGCAAAGAGAAAGAGGAGGGACUGAAAACAAAGUGAAUUUAUGAAAAAUAAUAAUUUAAAAAGCUUCGUAAUUAUUUGUAACACUGUAAUUAGGUUAUAAAAGCAAACACGGAAGAAGAGAAAAGAAAAAGCAACAGUUACUCGGAGCGACUCUACAGGCUGUCGGGAAACAGGUCAUUUCCAGACCAACGCAAAAUUCAUGGAGUGAAGUUUGAAUCUUUGAUGGCACAUCAAGUCACCUCACUUUUCCGUUCAAGCCGGAGCAUCUCCGCAGAUCUUUUGUGACUCAGAGGCGCGUAUUUUUUCUCCCCUUCAACCACUUCUUCACCUUUUUCUCCUUUUCAACCACUUCUUCACAAAUUUACCUUUAACUUCGAGCCACCAUGCUAGACCCGUCCUCGAGCGAGGAGGAAGAUGAGGUGGUGGAAGAAGAGCGCAAAACGGCGACAGUGGCGGCUCCAAAACCCGCCGGGAACGCGCGGGUGUCAUCGAACAGCUCCGGCCAGGGCGCGAGCGGCAUACAGCCCAGCCGCAGUGGCCAGGCGCGGCCCUCCAGCCCCGGACCCGCGGCCAGGGAAGACAAGGAGAAGGACGACGUGGAGAAGAUGCAAAGGGAAGAAGAGGAAAGAAAGAAGAGGCUGCAGGUUUACGUGUUCGUCAUGCGCUGCAUCGCGUACCCGUUCAACGCCAAGCAGCCCACGGACAUGGCGAGGCGGCAGCAGAAGAUCAGCAAACAGCAGCUUCAGGUGGUAAAGGAACGUUUCCAGGCCUUUUUGAAUGGAGAUACACAGAUCGUGGCAGAUGAGGCAUUCAUCAAUGCUGUCCAGAGCUAUUACGAGGUGUUUCUGAAGAGUGACCGCAUUUCCCGCAUGGUCCAGAGCGGCGGCUGCUCUGCCAAUGACUCGCGCGAGGUCUUUAAGAAGCACAUUGAGAAGCGCGUGCGCAGCUUACCCGAGAUCGAUGGCCUGAGCAAGGAGACGGUGCUUAGCUCAUGGUUGGCUAAGUUUGACACCAUCUACCGCGGCGAGGAGGAUCCCCGCAAGCACCAGCAGCGCAUCACAGCCAGCGCUGCAUCUGAGCUCAUCCUCAGCAAGGACCAGCUGUACGAAAUGUUCCAGCAGAUCCUCGGCAUCAAGAAGUUUGAGCAUCAGCUGCUCUACAAUGCCUGCCAGCUGGACAACCCGGACGAGCAGGCCGCACAGAUCAGACGGGAACUGGACGGGCGCCUACAGAUGGCUGAUCAGAUAGCGAAAGCUGGUAAGUUCCCCAAGUUCAUGUCAAAGGAUAUGGAAGCGCUGUACAUCGAGGAGCUGAAGUCAUCAGUGAACCUGCUCAUGGCCAAUCUGGAGAGCAUGCCUGUGUCUAAAGGAGGAGAGUUCAAGCUGCAGAAGCUGAAGAGAGGCCACAACACCUCGAUCAUCGACAUGGGCCAGGAGGACGAGAAUCAGCUCUCCAAGUCGGACGUGGUUCUUUCCUUUACACUAGAGGUCGUGAUCAUGGAAGUUCAGGGUUUGAAGUCUCUCGCUCCUAACCGCAUCGUCUACUGCACCAUGGAGGUGGAAGGAGGCCAGAAACUCCAGACGGACCAAGCUGAAGCCUCCAAACCCACUUGGGGAACUCAAGGAGACUUCACGACCACACACCCGCUCCCCGUUGUCAAGGUGAAACUGUUCACUGAGAGUACCGGAGUGUUGGCACUGGAAGAUAAAGAACUAGGCCGGGUUGUUUUACACCCAACUCCCAACAGCCCCAAGCAGUCCGAGUUACACAAGAUGACCGUGUCAAAAGGCUGUGCAGACAGCGACCUGAAGAUUAAACUCGCUGUUCGUAUGGACAAGCCUCAGAACAUGAAACACUGUGGAUACCUUUGGGCCAUUGGAAAAAAUGUGUGGAAGAGAUGGAAGAAGAGAUUCUUUGUCUUGGUACAGGUCAGUCAGUACACCUUCGCCAUGUGCAGCUACAGAGAGAAGAAGGCAGAACCUGUGGAGCUUCUUCAGCUGGAUGGAUACACUGUGGACUACACCGAUCCUCAGCCAGGUUUGGAUGGAGGCAGGACUUUCUUUAACGCUGUGAAGGAAGGUGACACUGUGAUCUUCGCCAGUGAUGAUGAGCAGGACCGGAUCCUGUGGGUUCAGGCCAUGUACAGAGCCACGGGCCAGUCGCACAAACCCAUCCCUCCCACACAGGUUCAAAAACUCAAUGCUAAAGGAGGAACAGCACCGCAGCUCGACGCUCCAAUCUCACAGUUCUACGCAGACCGUGCACAGAAACACGGGAUGGACGAGUUCAUCUCAGCGAACCCCUGUAACUUUAAUCACGCUUUGAUGUUCGAGAUGGUGCAGCGUCUCACGUUGGACCACAGACUAAACGACUCCUACUCCUGCCUGGGUUGGUUUAGUCCUGGUCAGGUGUUUGUCCUGGAUGAGUACUGUGCCAGAAACGGUGUACGGGGUUGUCACAGACACCUGUCUUACCUGAGUGACUUGUUAGAGAGAGCUGAGAAUGGUGCGAUGAUCGACCCCACGCUGCUUCACUACAGCUUCGCCUUCUGUGCUUCACACGUGCACGGCAACAGGCCUGAUGGAAUCGGCACUGUCACGGUGGAGGAACGCGAACGCUUUGAGGAGAUUAAAGAGCGACUGCGAGUGUUGCUCGAAAACCAGAUCACACAUUUCAGGUACUGUUUUCCAUUCGGAAGGCCAGAGGGAGCACUGAAGGCUACGCUCUCGCUGCUGGAAAGGGUGUUGAUGAAGGACAUUGUAACUCCGGUGCCCCAGGAGGAGGUGAAGGCCGUGAUCAGGAAUUGUCUGGAGCAAGCGGCGCUGAUUAACUACCAGCGUUUGUCCGAGUAUGCCAAAGUGGAAGGAAAAAAGAGAGAAAUGUAUGAGCAUCCUGUCUACUGCUUGGCGUCACAAGUGAUGGAUUUAACCAUUCUUGAGAAAUCUCAGAAGGAUCAGAAGGAUCCAGAGAACGUAGGCCGCUUAGUUACUCCUGCCAAAAAACUGGAGGACACGCUCCGCCUGGCUGAGCUGGUCAUCGAGGUGCUGCAGCAGAAUGAGGAGCAUCAUGCAGAGGUGAGCUUCACACUGAACCAGGAGCAAAGCGGUAAAGAGGCGUUUGCAUGGUGGUCUGACCUCAUGGUGGAACACGCAGAGACUUUUCUGUCCCUCUAUGCCGUGGACAUGGACGCGGCACUGGAAGUCCAACCUCCGGAUAGCUGGGACAGUUUUCCUCUCUUCCAGCUGCUCAAUGACCAUCUACGGCUAGACUAUAACCUGUGUAACGGAAAGUUCCACAAGCACCUGCAGGAUCUCUACGCACCUCUAGUGGUGAGAUACGUGGACCUGAUGGAGUCGUCCAUCGCUCAGUCUAUACACCGGGGCUUUGAGCGUGAGUCCUGGGAGCCUGUAAAGAGUUUAACACGUAAUCUCACGCCCAAUGUCAGCCUUCCAAUUGUGAAACUCCAAAUGCCAAAAGUUCCAAAUCUACCGGUGUCAGUUAAUCUGCCACCAGUGCAAAUACCUCUCUUUUCCACCCCCAGCUGGAUGACGGCCGUAUCGGACGCAGAUAACGGAUCAGGGACAUCCGAGGAUCUGUUCUGGAAGCUGGAUGCUCUGCAGACGUUCAUCAGAGACCUGCACUGGCCCGAGGAGGAGUUUGCUAAACACCUGGAGAUGAGGCUUAAACUCAUGUCCAGCGAUAUGAUCGAGUCGUGUGUGAAAAGGACGAGGGUGGCAUUUGAAGUGAAGCUGCAGAAGAGCAGUCGGACCACAGACUUCCGCGUCCCUCAGUCCAUCUGCACCAUGUUUAACGUCAUGGUGGACGCCAGAGCCCAGUCUGCCAAACUCUGUGCCAUGGAGCUCGGCCAGGAGCGACAGUAUCAUUCUCAAAUCGACAACCUCAUCGAGGAGACGGUGAAGGAGAUGAUUACUUUACUGGUGGCAAAGUUUGUGGUGAUUUUGGAGAGCGUCCUGGCCAAACUGUCUCGUUAUGAUGAGGGCACGCUGUUCUCCUCCUUCCUCUCAUUCACUGUCAAAGCAGCUUCGAAAUACGUGGAUGUACCUAAACCCAGCAUGGAUGUAGCCGACGCCUACGUGACGUUCGUCCGCCACUCUCAGGACAUCUUGCGGGAUAAGGUCAAUGAGGAGAUGUACAUAGAAAGAUUAUUUGAUCAAUGGUACACUAGCACGAUGAACCUACUGGGUACCUGGCUAACAGAUCGCAUGGACCUGCAGCUUCACCUGUACCAGCUGAAAAUCCUCAUUCGUAUAGUAAAGAAAAAAUACCGCGACUUCCGUCUACAAGGUGUCUUAGACUCCACUCUGAACAGCAAGAUGUACGAGACAGUAAAAAACAGGCUUGUGUUGGAGGAAGCCACGGCAUCUGUGAGGGACGGAGGAAUGCAGGGCAUCUCCAUGAAGGACAGCGAUGAAGAAGACAACUAGGCGCGGUUUGAAGCAGCCGUGUUUGGUGCAGUCCACCAAAGCGAUGCAUGUACUCCGUUCGUCAGGCUUCCUUAAUAAUUUUUACUUUCGAGUUGUACUAUUAAUAACUGGGGCCUAUGAUUAUUACUGAUAUGAGAUAAGAAAAAAAAUUGAAUUCAAAUUAUUAAUGUUGAUCAGAAGAUUGUGAUAACAAACAAGGAGGCGGGAAUCGAAUUGAAAUUGGUGUUUUACAAGUAAUAAUGUCCUAAAUGUUUCAAAGCAAUAUGGCGUACUACUUGUAAGCGAUGUUUUGCGUCAGAUGGUUAGGAAACGUAUGCCCUGUUGUGUCCCUGUUCAAUACAAAUGUGUACGGCGCUUCUUCUUUGUGUAUUGUAAAUACAUGAAUGGUGCAUAAUUGUGCAUAGUCUCCUUUGGAAUUUUGGUUUGUUCAUUUUUGUUUUCCUGACUGUAUGCCAAAUGAAUUGCUUACAGUACAUUGUAUUUAACUUGUUUGGGGUGUUAAAAGGUAGUGUUUAUAUUUAUUUGACAAAAUCAAUAAUCACAGUAUCUCUGGUACUGCAAGACAUCUG